GCGUUGAAAUUUUUCUUGGAUUUGGGCUGAGUAAUAUAGAAACUCAGUUAUAUUGUAAAUAGUUUCCGUGUGAGAUGAUAAUUUGUUGAAGAUGAAGUUAGAUACGUUUAUAAUACUCCUAGCAGGGGGUUUUGUGUUAUGUAGUACUUUAAUUAAAACUGAAAACAUCAAUCAUUUUGAUCAAAAACUCCAUGAUGGUUUGAAUUGUUCAACUCAAUUUGAGACCUGUAUUCCAUGCAAUCAAGGAACAUUUGCUAAUGAAUCUGGAGAAUUUUGUGGUUGUUGUCCGCUGACUUCUCAAGGACAAUGUUUGAACUCUAGUUAUUGUACUGCUUGCUAUCCUGGUUCUUCUCAGAGGUUUAAUGGACAAAGUUUCUGUCCACCAUGUGACCCAGGGACAGCUCAAAACAAAUCUGGACAAAUAAAUUGUACACAGUGUGAUGCAGGUUUUUUUUCAAAUGAGACCGGAAUGGAGUAUUGUGAUCCAUGUGAUCCAGGUACUGCACAGAAAGCUCCAGGACAAGUUUUUUGUCCACCUUGUAAAAAGGGAACUGCACAGAAUGAAUCAGGUCAGAUAGAUUGUGAUCAGUGUGAACCUGGUUUUUAUGCUAAUGAGACAGGAAUGGAGAACUGUCAGCCUUGUGAACCAGGGUAUUCUACACCAAUAAUGAGAAGUUUUCAAUGUGAGGCAUGUCUUCCUGGAAAAUUUCAAAAUGAAACCGGACAAAUUGAAUGUCUUCCUUGCCCUGAUGGACAUUUUACUAAUGAAACAGGACAAUCUGAGUGUGAACCUUGUCCUUCUGGAGAGUUUCAGAAUCAAACAGGACAAAUACAGUGUGUGCCUUGUGAUAGAGGCUACUUUCAAAAUGAUACUGGACAACUGGACUGUGAACUUUGCCCUGAAGGUCAUUAUCAAGAUUUAACAGGUCAAGUUGAAUGUAAUCAAUGUGACCCAGGAACAAGUCAAAAUGAAACCGGAUCUACAGAAUGUGAACCGUGUGACUAUGGGUCUUAUUGUCCUACUACAGGGUGUAUAAAAUGUAGCCUAUGUCCAGCUGGUAUGGAUUCUGAAAUAGAAGGUGCUAUAACUUGUGACCUCUGUAGACCAGGCUUUAAUAAAAGUACAGAAGGUUCAACUCUUUGUGAAAAAUGUCCUCAGGGUUAUUUCACUACUGAAAACGGAACAAAACUAUGCAACAUUUGUCCUGAAAAUUACUUCUGUCCGCAAGCUGAUGGUAAUCCACAACCCUGUCCAGCGAGAAGUUACUGUCCUAAGGGAUCGUUUGUACCUACAAGUUGUGAUGCACCUUGGUAUGUUAUAAAUAAGAAAGACAAGUCUUGUCAACCGACAGCAGAGUUAAUGGCAAUGAUAGGUGGC